GUUUUGAAAAUCACGAUACAUCGAUUGGACCGAUAAUAAUACACGAAUUAUACGAUUAACACGAUUCGAAAAUAAUAGCUAGUCUAUAGAGUAUAGAUUAUACUAAAUUGUGUUUCACGAUCCAGCAAUCCAACGUACUGUAUUAUCAUCUCUGGUAGUCUGGUCUGAUCAUCAAUUUAUAGUGGUGUCUGUGUGGAGAUGACGUCAUAUUCCGGGAAAACAUUGUCGUCCGUAUCCAAGAGAGUGGCAGACGUCAGAUUUCGGAACAAAUCGUCUCAGCUCGGAGGAUCUGACACCGGUCGCCGGGCUAACGUAUGGAAAAAAAUUUUGGACGACGUUUGUGAUCAGUGUUCGCUGCACGGCCUCAACCACAUCGUUGGAAAGGACAGGAGCACUGGAGAAAAAGCGUUCUGGUCGGUAACUGUAAUAUGCGCCGUGCUGUUUGCUACUUACGCUAUCGUCGAAUCGUGGAAGUCGUACAACAAGAGCACUAUCGACACGGUGGUCGAGACGACUUUUUUAAGCUACGCCGACAUAGCGUUUCCGAUGGUGGUGGUAUGUGACAAUUCAAGGGUGGACUGGCAACGGGUCAUGCGGUUAACCGCACGAGACGUGCCGGAAAUCGAUCCGGGUUUAUUGCCCGUCGUGAGGAAAUUGUUGAAAACGUUCUCCGUGUUAUCGUAUGGAGAGUUUCAUGAGUUUGAGGAGCUGAAGAACGUAACGGAACUAUCCAAGCUCGUCCAGCUAAACCUCACCGAACUUCUAGUGAAGGUGAUGAGGCCGUGUGACGAAGUGUUUCCCAACGGUGGCUGCUGGUGGAACUUCAAACAGGUAAACUGUUGUGACCUAUUCGAGUUGCAGCGAACCGAAUUCGGUUUGUGUCAUUCGUUCAAUUCCGAUUUUUCCGAGUACAGCAGAGCGCGACUCGGCGUGGACUCUGGCCUUAUUGGUUCGUUUUGGCGAACAGAGUCCGGAGACCUCAGACCAAGGAGUACGGGUGACAAUGGUCAGUGGUCAGGAGUCAGGAUGUACGUAACUACGAUGAACCCGGAACAAGUCGCUCCUGGAGUAGCUGCCAAACAAUCGACAAGGAUAAUGAUCGGCGAACCAAGAGGCGCUCCGCUCGGAUCUGAUAUGGUCGUGACAGGGGGCAGCAUUGGCAUUAUUCACUUGUGGGGAGACAGGAUAUACAACACAAACAGGACCAGGAGACUGAACCCGAUACAGCGAAGGUGUCUUUUCGCCGACGAGAGUACCACCGGAAUGGGCACGAAAUACUACCUGCGGAGGAAUUGCAAGACGGCAUGUUACAUGAAUCACAUGGUUCAUCACUGCGGCUGUUAUUUGGAGUUCAUGUUCGGCCUCAUGCAACAAAACGAUUCGUUGCGGCCGUGCAACGUCGACGAUUUAUUAUGCCUGUCUGAGAAAAAUAAAUUCUUCAAAAGUCAUAUACCGUCCGAACAUAAUGCGUUCUUGACAAACGAUAUGCCCGGGCUGAAAUGCAAUUGCAUGCCAGAUUGUGUCCACCAAAUGUACAUUUCCGAACUGACCAUCGCCGAACCAUCCAUCUCGACGGUGCUGAAUUCCUCUUCAUCUAUACUGAUCGACGCACACUUCAUACAGAGCACGUGCAUACUUUACAGAUCGGACUUGGUCCUCGGAUGGCUCGACUUGUUGGUGUCGUUUGGUGGUUGCGCCGGUCUGUUUCUGGGCGGAUCGUUGCUAAGUUUCAUCGAACUCAUAUAUUUUUUGACUUGGAAGGCCUAUCACCACUGGCGCCAGACACCGUCGAACACGGUUGUUGCGUCCAAAUCGAACAAGAAACGCAAACACCCACGUCGAAUAGUCAAGGAUACUUGGACGAUCGACGAUUCUCGAGCGAAUAACAACAGACAAACUGAUCGAUUUACGUGUAGAUUUUAAGUACUUGAAAAUUAUGAUUAGUAUAAUAAAACUAUAUGAGAAUAUGAGGUAACACAUCACUAUAUUAAAUCGAAGAUAUAUUAUAUUGUGUUCACUGCACAAACGCACGUCAUGACUAGGUAAUAUUGUAUCACGUCAAACGAAUAAAGUCGUGGGUUUACGUAUG